GCCUCAAUAUAAUUCUCAUCAUAGAAAUCAGAAAAGCUAAUCGGAGUAAUCAGUGAGUGUUUCUUAUUAAAGUAUAUAUAUAAGAAAAUUUCAAUUAAUUUAUUAGCAAUGUCUUUGUCAGGCUUAGUUUUGAAAAAUAUCUAUAAACGAUCGAAUGCAAGUGUGAGGCAUUUGAGUAAUAAUGUGCAGAAACAGGGGUGGUGCUCUGAACUUGUACGUCGUUUUUCUACAGAGUCUGAGAAAGAACAAGUAGGUGGCAAUGGAAAAUCGGAGAAACAAGAAGUAGCUGUUUCCGAUAGUGGCAAACAAUCGAAGCUAUUUCCAAGAAGACGCCGCCGUGGUAAUCUUUGGAGACGCAAUGAAUCCGACUUUGCACCUGCUCUGUUCGAAAACUUACCAACAGGACUUGGCAAUGCAUUAUUGCAAGCCACAGAGAACAUCAACAAGAUAUUUGAUAAUUUCAACUUGAAUCCCUCACAAUUACUGGGGAGGUACAAAGAGGAUGAUAAGAAUUACAAAAUCCGUUACGACGUGCCAGGACUAGGCAAGAAGGACGUGAAGAUCAUGGUUGAGGAUGGAAUUUUGACAAUAAAAGGUGAACACAAACAAGAGAAGGAAGAAGAAGGAUCAGAUGAUGAGUUUUGGUCAUCAACAAGUUAUGGUUACUAUAAUAAUAGCAUUGUGUUGCCUCAAGAUGCUAAGGUUGAUGAAAUUAAAGCUGAGAUGAAAGAUGGUGUUUUGACAAUUACUAUUCCUAAAAGUGAGAAACCUAAGAAAGAUGUCAAGGAAAUUGAAGUUAUGUGAGGUUUUUUCUUUGGUUGAAAAAGUGUUUUGAAUAUUAUUAUCUUUGACAUGUUGUGGGUGUUUUUAUAAUAAUAAUUUAAGUUUUCUUGAGUUUCAAGAGGGUGUGACAAGAAUGGCUUUGCUUUAUUCAAAACAAUUGGCCAAGAAUAGUUUCAAAAUAAAAUCUCUCUUUUUGUUAUUUU